AUGCCGCCUUUAACAGCAACGGAACGCCAGAAACUCCUGCUUCAGCAGGAAAUUGCCAAGCUCUCAGUCGAGCCAGCAGCAGCCAUCCUUCGUCUUACCACCCCUACCGAGGAGGCUACUCGUACCGCGGUGGUCGUGGCAAGCCAACCGCGCGUCUGGAUCUUCAACGCCCUCGUCGUCGACACCAGCGCCAAUGAUGUCAGCAGGUACGAGCUCGGCUGCGGUGGAGGAUACGGAAAUGGAGGAAGGCGAAGUUUCUCAAACUUCUGCGUCGACGACCGUGCCCUCAACUGCUCCGAGGCUGUCACACGACUCAAGCGCCUGGGUGAAGAAGACGAGCCGUGGAGGAAACAUGAGCCUGAUGACGGUGCAGAAACGCUCGCAGCUCAACCGCCGAGACCGCGCCAGCCGAAAGUGCCGCCGUCCAUCCAGGUGCUGCAAUCGUCGUCCGAUACAUCUCCCGGAGGCUCGGAGGGCCAGAAGCGCGUCGUCAUCGACGGAGUUGUCUUCCAGUUUGAGCAGGACGGAAAGAAGCUCACCAGGAUCGGAGGUAUGCCGCAUCGCUUGUCAACUGCUGACACUUCAGAACUCCCGGGCACCAAGAAGGACGUCAACAAUACGCCGACUCGCCAUUCCCUCAAGUACCAGGGGGAGAACUUCCGGAGAACAAAGAGGGGCAACCUGAUCUCUCGAUCAACGUGCGGAAACUUGCCCGAGCAACAAGCCGUGACUGACCAUCCCAGGGCCUCCGCGCGGAGGGCCGAGCAGGCCAAAAGGCCAUGCCGCUACUACACUAAGACGGGUCGUUGCGAGCGCGCUUUAACAUGCCCUUACCAGCACAUUCCGGAUCGAUUGGCGAUCUGUCACCAGUUCCUCAAAGGUACCUGUCAGCUGGGCGACAACUGUCCUCUGUCCCACACCCCUUCAGCUCACAACACCCCUUCUUGCUCUCGCUUCCAAGCCACAAGCUCCUGUUACAAGGGCGACAAGUGCCUCUACCCUCAUGUCCGUGUCGCAGACGAUGCCCCGGUGUGCGAGGCUUUCGCGCGCGAGGGCUGGUGUGACACACCUGCCGGAACCUGCCCCGAGCUGCACAUCUGGGAGUGCCCUGAGUGGCACGCAAAGGGAACUUGCUCUCGCGGCCGCAAGUGUGGUCUCCGCCAUGUGCUCCGUGCUGAGAAAACGAAGACCAAGGGUGCUUCAGCUCCAGAGCCGCCAACCGCAACUGCGGGGGCAGAGGGAGGCUUUGACGACCAGGCAGAGUUCAUCGGCCUCCCGGGCGAGGUUUUCUCUGAGACCGAGUCUGAAGAGGAAGAUGACUCUGAUGAAGAGGAGGGGGGCAGCGAUGAGGAAGAAGAGGAAGAAGAAAAUGAGGAUGAAGAAGAGGACGACGAUGAGGAUGGGGACGACGACGACGACGAUGACGAUAACUCGAUCGAAGUCGACGACGACUCAGGUAAGCACGAGGCUGCGUCUCCAACGGAGGUCGCCUCGGACGAAGAUGACGAGCGGCUUGUUUUAGACCAGGUGUAA